UGGCCGGCUGGAAUCGCCAGCGACCACGGCAAGCAAAAAAGGUGUAUGUUGGAAUAGAAAACCUUAAUUUAACAGCAGACAGUGUGGCGAAAACAAAGACUGGGAGCGAAAAGUGUUUUCCGGUUUCAUUUCGGAGCUGUAUAACCAGCGGUUGCGACGAGUUAGGGGAGGGAGAUGCAGUUGUGCAGCCGCUCGGCGCGCCUCGAAGUCAGGCACGGAAGCUGGUGAUGCCCGCCGCUGUGCGGGAACCACCGACGCAAAGAACACAAGAGCGACACCAGGAAGAGGAAGAGCAGAGGGCGGCACACCAGGGCGGCCGAAGAGGAUGAUGAUGAGAUUAAGAUUGAAAUCAUGGCAAACGGAACCGGUACUAUCAUGUUAAAAUGUGUCGUUGUGGGAGACGGUGCAGUGGGGAAAACGUGUCUUCUGAUGAGCUAUGCCAAUGACGCUUUUCCAGAAGAAUAUGUCCCAACUGUCUUUGAUCAUUAUGCAGUGAGUGUCAAUGUCGGAGGAAAGCAGUACUUGAUGGGGCUGUAUGACACUGCUGGCCAGGAGGACUAUGAUCGACUCAGACCGUUGUCCUACCCGAUGACCGACGUUUUCCUUAUCUGCUUUUCUGUGGUCAACCCUGCCAGUUUCCAGAAUGUACGUGAAGAAUGGGUGCCAGAGUUGCAGGAAUAUGCGCCGAAUGUCCCUUACUUGCUCAUUGGCACCCAGAUUGACCUACGUGACGACCCAAAGACCAUUGCCAAACUGAAUGAUAUGAAGGAAAAACCUAUCGUGACCGAGCAAGGCCUGAAACUGGCAAAGGAGAUUGGUGCAUGUUGCUAUGUGGAGUGUUCAGCACUAACCCAGAAAGGACUGAAGACUGUUUUUGAUGAGGCCAUCAUUGCCAUUUUGACUCCCAAGAGAAAGAAGGGAGCACUCAAGAGAAGACUGGGACCCCGUUGUAUUAACUGCUGCCUGAUCACAUGAUGGGUACAUGUCCUUAAAACGGCAUUAUACCGUAAAUGCCCUGGAAUUAAAAAAGACUGCAGACAAAGAAACGCCAACAAAAACUGAGUAACUUUUAAACUGCGAUGCCCUAAAAAGCCACCGUUUUCUUCUGCUUUCCAACAUGUGAGGUGGCAGUCAGUUACAAGGAGCACAUAGACAAAGAGGUGCUUCUCCUAAUUCAGGUGUUUUACAGUUGAAAAAAAUCCAAAAUCUUAAGGGAAAAAAUGUCGAUUAUAUAUGAAUAUAAUAUUAUUUGAAACAUCAUUUCCAGACACGAAGGCUGAGAUACUUUUUUUUAUAUAUAUUUUUUCGCCACCAAGUUUAUCUCCAACUAUUCAUCAUUAGCCAUGUUUACAUGCUGACUUUUAUUCAUACCGAUUCAAAUCAUUCCGAAUGGAAAUUUCACAUCAGCUGUUUACAUGUCACUUCAUCUAUUCCGAUCCAGCGUUUACAUGUGACUGCCUUUAUUCCGAAAGGACGUUUGACAACUGCCGUCUGACAUGCGCAGAUUAAUCAAAACAAAGCGUCACGUUGCAAAACAUGGAGAUCGAUCGUCAGAUCAGCUGCUGUUUUAACUUUUCGAGUGGAAACAAAACUUCAGAAUGACACGCCGUUCAUUUAAAAAGUUGUGUGGGUGCGCUGUGCGUGUGCUUGGAAGCCAUGUUGCAAGUGACGUUACUUACGUCACCAAGUGACGUCACCACGUCAGUACGGAGCAUGUGCAGAAAGAACGCAACCAGACACCAUUCCGCUUCCCUGUUUACAUGAUAUAAUUUUACUUCUAAUCGGUUUGGGAAAAGGAAUAUUCCACCCCUGUGAAACGGAAUGAAAUUCCAUUCGGUUUGGGCCUGUUCAUUCCGAAUGAGGUGUUUAUAUGGAACACAUUUAUUCGGUUUGAACAAAUAUUCCGAUUGUAAUUGGAAUAUUUGGCUCCAUGUAAACGUGGCAAGUGACCACCUGAAGAAACUGUAGGGGAUAACUAAAUCAUAAAUGGAAAUGUAACAGCAAAAUAUUUUGGAUCUAGAACUAUUUUUUCACAUUUUUUUGUCAUGCAAUGGUUUGCUGUACUUUUAUCACUUUGGAGGCAUCAGAGUACAGAAAGUUGAUCUUUUUUAGAAGUGAUUUUAACCCUCGAAGAAACAAAUACAUACACUGUCAUUAAACACAGGUGGCAAAUAUUAACUUACACUUUAUAUUAAAGGCUCAAGAGAUGAAGCACAAUCCUCUGCUUUUUAAGCACUGCCCAUUUUCCAGCACAGGGAAAGAAUGAGGAUGCACAAACUUGCAGGCACAAGCUUGAGCAGUUUAUCAUCAUAAAAACUUUUAAAUCCUAUAUCAAAGUCUAGAAUGAGAUUAUUAUGAAUUUUUGGAAAUUCUAUAUCUGCCAGAUUGUAGCUUUUAGAUAAUACAGGGUUAAGUGUUAAGCUUGUAUUUUAAAAUAAAAUGGAUGAAUAUUGGUUAGAAAUUGCAAAUUUUUAAAGAUACAAAUUUGUAAAUGACAAACCAAAGUGCUUUGUUUAUCUUUGUUCAUUAUAAUUGUGAAUGCCAAAACGGAAUUAACUCAAAGACUGGUAUUGACGGCGAUAGACGUCCAAUUCAUUUCAACUGGGAGGCCGAAUCGGAUUUCUAUGAGUUGCAAAUUAAUUUAAAGGGAACCUUGGACUGAAAGACUUGUAUGCUCCAAUAAGCCACAAUUGUUGUCUUUUACCAAAAUGUUAUUAUUAUUGCCAUUGAUUUAAAAAUCUGUAAUACUAAGUACAUGUUUUGACCUGCGGAGGGCGCCAUGUUUUAUGCGCGCAAUGCACGCUGGGGGUGAUGACGCAGUUGACCCGAAAUGCGAGCGAAGCUAGUAUGAUGACUGGAAUGGUUUUGUCACAUUCUGCUGCUGUGGGAUGAGUUCCCAAUGCCAUACCUGCAUCUUAUUCCAUUUCACCAGCAGUGUCUUUAAACCGAUCCUAGGCGGCUUGCCGAGAUAUUUACUUGCUGCCAUUCGACAGUUUGUAUAUCCCGCCAUUGCUGGUUGUAUCAUUGCCUUGUUUUCUCGUUUGUCGGCCUCUCACCGUGGUUUUCCCUUUUUUCCCUUUUUUUAUUUUUAUUUUUAUUGAUCCCGACCUACUGUUACGGACCCUCUUUAUGUCUUCCUUUUCACGAUCGUGUUUUUUUGUGUCUUCAAUCAAUUCUUUUGCGCAAUCCCUAUGUUAAUCUUAUCUGCUUGUUAGCUAAAGUGAGCUGCGUUUUCUAAUUUCAUUGUCAAGCUAGGCGCAGUUUCUUUUCAGUUGCGUUUCCCUUUAAGGUUUUACCUUUCAAACAGACAAUGCAUGUGGCUUGCGAUUGCUUUAUUAGAAAAGUCAUGACUCUGACGCGGAAGGAUAGUCCUUUGUUUUAUGCGCUCGUCUGUCGCACGGGGAAACACGUGUUGGCAUCCCGCUGGAGACCUUCAUUUAAUUGCUUUUGCUGCUUGUUUAGUGAAAUAUCGACAGUGCUUUCCUGCUCAUCACUUUUCCGCUCUGGUUCAAAUCAGAAGCACAGAACCGACGACAUGUUUAUUUAGCUAACCAGUGAAACUUUGGAAGAACGGCAGCGCUCCCCAAUGACGUCACCGCCCAGAGUGCAUUGCGCCGUCAACAGCAAUGGCGACCUACUAGUUCAACUUUUUUCAAAUUUUAUAAAAACGAAAUGUUAAGACGGGUUUGAAUAUCAAAUUAUUAUUACUCAGACUAACAUUUAUCUUUUAAGAACUACAAGUCUUUUUGUCCGUGGUUUGCUUUAAAUUCACACCAGAAGGAGAAAAAGAGCCACAUGAUUUUCAAAUGACAAAAUAACACACUGUGCUGAUACGGACUCAGGCUUACUACAGCCAGCGUAGUUCCAGAUUAGUUCAGUUAUUUGGGUAAUAUAACCCCUAGAAAAAGUAUAAAAAUCACCAGUCUCGGACGAGCACUCACUCAGCAUUUUUAUUAUGUAGAACAAACACAGAUAAAAAGCUUGAAAAAAAUAAUGCAUUAGUUCAAAAGU